AUGUUCCUCACCAGGACUGAAUAUGACCGCGGAGUCAACACUUUCUCCCCGGAAGGUCGACUCUUUCAAGUUGAAUAUGCUAUUGAAGCUAUCAAGUUGGGUUCGACGGCAAUUGGAUUAAAGACUAAAGAAGGAGUUGUUUUGGCUGUUGAGAAGCGCAUUACCUCUCCACUCCUCGAGCCAAGCAGUGUGGAGAAAAUUAUGGAGAUUGAUGAACAUAUUGGAUGUGCAAUGAGUGGAUUAAUUGCUGAUGCCCGAACUAUGGUUGAACAUGCGAGGGUUGAAACUCAGAAUCAUAGAUUUUCAUAUGGUGAGCCAAUGACUGUUGAGUCAACUACCCAAGCUCUUUGUGAUUUAGCCUUGCGUUUUGGCGAAGGGGAUGAAGAGUCCAUGUCAAGACCUUUCGGGGUGUCUCUACUGAUUGCUGGUCAUGACGAACAUGGCCCCAGCUUGUAUCAUACAGAUCCGUCAGGCACAUUCUGGCAAUGCAAUGCAAAAGCUAUUGGAUCUGGCUCUGAAGGCGCUGACAGUUCUUUACAAGAGCAAUACAAUGAGAAUCUGACACUUCAGGAAGCUGAAACCAUUGCACUUUCCAUCCUUAAGCAAGUUAUGGAAGAAAAGCUAGUUGACAGGAUGGAUAUUUGUAAGCGCUUGUGGUCAUGCAACAAGGUUGCUCCAUGA